AUGCACCCUGAUGUGAUCCGUCGGGGUGAAGGAGCUCCUAGAACACUCUCUGGAGCACCGAGUAAUUGUGGCCAUUAAUAACAGGGCUGCAGUUUGAUCAUCUAAUGAAGGUUAAACAGGGCUGCAGGGCACAUUCGCAGGAGGUAAACCUGGGAACAGGAAUGGUGGCUAAUGAAGACGAACGACCGCACCCGAGCGCAGGCGGCCCUCGGUCCAAACAGGCCUUCGCGUGACUGUUAAAGGGGCUUGGUACCUCCGGCGCCGCGCUGGGAUGCUGCGUUCCAGGCCAUCUGAGCCCAGGAUACUCAGAAACCAUUUGGAGAGGAAUAAGACCUCCUGAGUGAACCGGAGCAGGGGGAUUCCCUUAGGCCCAGCGCCCGGCACGCACGCGCGCCCCGUUCUGUCCAACGAUGCCGUAUGGCGUCCGCCCUCAUUCCGUCCUUCCUGCUUGUGCACGUCCCUUCCUUGACGUGGGCUGCAUCUCAGCUAUUUGCAAAUGAACACAUUUGCAUAUCCAGCAUUAGCACUUGAUUUAAAAAAAAAAAUAAAAAAAAAAGAGAAGCAAACACGCGGCGAGCAAACAAAAUCGCGCUCAGAAUGCGUGCAUUUCAUUUCCCUGCUCUACAGGUGUGUCCUUCUCGCUGAAGGAAGGUGUUUUCCGUGGGAAAACAAUGAAACACAUGCCAAUAUGCGAGACUGGUCUUGACUUAUUGAAACCUACAUAUACCGAUAUGUUAAAUUGCUGCAGGGGACUGGUGUCUCGUCCAGGGUGUACCCAGCCUCGGUCCUUGGGUUUCUGGGAUAGACUCUGGAUCACCGGGACCCUGCAGAGGAUAAAUGAUUACAGGAUGAAUGAAUGAAUGAAUGAAUGAAUGAAUGAGCAUGUUGAACUGCAUCUGAACUACUAACUGGUAUUCAUCAAACCAGCGACCCAGGUUAUCAACGCAGCCGUACCGUGUUUUCUUAAAAUCAGUUUAUAAUGUCCCACCAUACGUGUUUGUGCUCGAUAGUCAGUAAAAAUGCAUCGGCUGUCGCUUUUGCUGGAUAUUUGACUUAAAUCUGUCGGUGGAUGCGAGUGCAAAGCAAGUUAUUAAAGGUAAGCAGGUUGUUUAUUCUAAUUAUAGUCUGAAAGAAGGAGGUGCCUUUUCUUGGAAAGAGACCAGGUGUGUGUGCGGUUGUGUGAGCAGCGGAGAGCCGGGGCCCUGAUGCGUUCUGAAGGUCAGAGCUGAGAGGGUCUGUUUAUAUGAUGGUGUCUCCGGGCCGGAGAAGGAUGAGGGCAAAAAUAAAGGCUCUCUGUUUCUGUCUGUGUCUGUGUUUGUGUUUAUGUUUGUGUAUUUGUGUGUGUGUGUGUGUGUGUGUGUGUUGGGGGGGGUUGGAGCAUUUCUGUGAGUUUUGGCACCUAAGGCCUGACCGUCUGAACCCGGUGGCGCCACUAUACUUUGAGUCGCCGGUUAUUCAUAUUGUUAAAGCGCUUAUAGAGCGAAAGACCUAUCGUUUAUUGCGUAUUCUUUUUUGUGUUUAUCGGGAAUUAUAUUUGUACCAUUUAGCAGUUCUCCUUACUGUCUUCCUGAAAGGAGCAGUUUUGUUUGGCAGAACGCUCUCUUCUAAGCACAGGGGUGUAAUUAAUAUCCCGCGAGGCCGCGGCAGCUCGAUGGCCAACAUAAACACGCUUCCGUAGGCCGAAUUUCAGCUCACCUCACACCUGCGCGACAGCGCCGACCGCUCGUAACUCAGUAAACCGAAGGAGGCGCGGCGAAUAAAGCGAACGCCGUGACGGAACGGAGGGGUCGGACGGCGGCUCGGAGAGCGGGGGCUCCGCCAGUGGCUCGCUGCGAGGCAAAGGGUGUCGAGUCAAUAGGCUGAAGGACGUCCUUACCUGCUGGGGAAAAUUAAACUAAAAGCCCAAAACAGGACUGGAAGGUUCGCAGCUCUGGGAAUAUUAUAAGCAUGCACAAUUAUCAUAUUCAAGUCAGCAUACCGAAAUAUAAUACUUAUAGUAUUGUAAAACUAUCUGAUCCCUGUCGGUUUGGUACGACGAUUCGAUAUGAAUACGCAUCUGAAGGCACGGAAGAAGUACUGCGGAAAAAUACAUGCGUUUGUACGUCAUAAAUUUAUCCUGCUUUCAAGUUGUUCGGGCUGUUUUAAAUCCGAAAUUCCAAAUAUUCCACGUCUGCUGAUUUAUAGGCGUCGGGUCACGUUCGGUACCUCCAGGUUUCGUGUCCCGCGUUCCACCAUUUGGAAAGACAGCCCGGUUUUCACGGGUUUGCGGGAGACGAAGGCCUCAAGGUGGCGCUGUGCCCGCUCUUUCAUCGCAAGGCCCAAGGCUGUCCGUUGCGCCGGAGAGGCGCUUGAAGAGUGGUUACUGGGGCGAUGCGGGGCGAUGCGGGGCGAUGCGGGGCGGGGAGCGGUUGAGGGGGAUGGCUGUACGGUGCUGUCAGAAGCAGCUCUCUGGAGGGCGCUAUGCCUCAAGCCCAGGGGAGCGCUUGGGCUGAGAGGAAUGUGAUGAUGUGAAAGGCAGCUGGAAGAGCAAGCGUUCCAGCCUCAUUGGUCACACUGGAGUGCGCCAGCAGCCACACACACACACACACACACACACACACACACACACACACAUUCCCUCGCUGUUGCACAAAGCAAAAGCAGACACCUGUUUCUAUCAUACUCCGUUUCCCUGCUAAAUGCACCUCUCCUCCUUCCCGCUCUCCUUCACGCGCAAAUUACACACCUCUCCAACCACACAAACCACUAUGUUUCAUCUUCAUUUUAGACAACACACACGUCUCUAACCGCUACACGCAAAUCACAGUCAUCAGCAGCUAUAGACAAGCACGAGAAGACCCCAUUUUCCAGGUUCUCUGCUCAGCCCAGAUGAUCCGGCAUUCGUUGUGCUGCUCCACGGGGAUUGCCUGGUCAACUUGACCAACACGACUUGAAGCAUAAGCAGAGCUGAAGAGAACCGAAACCAUCCUUGCAGAAGAGACGUUGAAUCAAUUUGGUCAGUCCAGCAGACCCAACCACCCCAUCUUUUUCACAUUAACGAAGAUCAUUGGUCUUUGGCUGCGGAGCCAUAGUCUUCUGUCACUCUGGUGGCACAAUGGUCGAAAUGUGUCCCUGGAUGAAAUGUCACUCUUCGGGACCACUGGUGUGGCUUUCACGGUGAGGAAGAGUAGGGAAGUGCUUUACCGUUGCCUUCUUUCAAGCAUGUCUAUGGACUCUGCAAGCAAACACACGCGAAUGUGGGGAGAAUUUCCAAACUCCAUACAGACAGUUGAAUUUGAACCCAUGUCCAAACCCACAGUCCAAGAAAUUCUACCUGUUGUGCCACCGUACAACUAAAAUGAACCGCACUGCAGAUGAUGGCAGGGAUUUCUUUCACCAGCUGGGGCCUGUUUGAGUAGAAGGACCAGGUGCAACCAGGUACCCUCUGCAACACCCCCAGCGCUCGGGUUAACGGCAGGUCAAAACACUCCCGCCUGCAUUACGGCUGGUGAAUCAGGCCGGCGAGGAGCAACUGCAAAGGCCAUUAACAUCGUAACUCAUGAACAACGAGGUCCAGAUAGUGGCCUUUACACUCAAAUCACUGCUUUUUAGGUAAAACGAACGAGUCCCCUUGGAGAGCAACGGGGGACAGAUAAAGACUAAAAUUUUAAUUCCUACUGGAUGCUACGCUGCAAAUUGAGCCGUCACCGCCCAGUGGCGUGCUGCUCAGCAGAAGCAUCUUUCCAAAGUGAGUUAUGCGUUGCACAUGUCUUUUUUUUCUCACACCACUUGGGAAAAGUAGCUCCUCUCUUGAGAUUGUGGGCUGGAGACACGUAUGGUUCCUUCAGUUUUUCAGGCUGCUGUACAAAGGCCAAGCAAAAGGGUCUCCGUCCGUGCGCUCACUUGGAGAUCCGAACAGAGGAGACCGGCGUCGGCACAACGGUGGCAUUUGUCUGUCUGCUCCGCGCAUCGGGAGCACAUUUGGUCCUCGUGCCCCCUGCUUCUGCAGGGUCUCAUCGGUCUUUGUAGGUGUCCUUGGCCCCAGAUGUCUCUGGAUGCCUUCACCCCACCGCAGACCAGCUGCCUUCUGCUGUUGGUGGUCCCACACGACAGUAUUCAUUACCUUAUUAAGGGAGGGGAUACCAGGGGGCGGGAGGUUCCUCGGGGCCCUGUUUUCCACAUCAUCCCCUGGCGAAUUGAGUGGAACCUCACGUUGCUGGAUUUGUGGCACCACACUCAGCAGCUGUCCUGCUCUUCAGUGAGCAACUCGUCAUCCUGUCCGUCUCUUCCAAGCGGGGGGGUUUUCAAGCUGCCUAGACCCUGCCGCCCCAGACCUCCUAAGGCUGUGUGGGGGAGCGAGUGCGGCGGGGGUUGGCCAUCGCUGCUCCCGGGGGGCUCAUCGUUAGGGGUCAAGGGUGCCUUCGGCCACGCGUGCCGCGAUCCUAAUCGAUUGUGCGUUGCGCCCUGUUGAAAGACGCCCCCUACGUUGGGAUUGCAGACGGCCCUGCCUCCCCCGAGCGUGUCAGCAGUGUGUGCGCAGAGCACGUCGGAGGCAUGGUGAGCCUCACUUCUCGGCCUGGGCUCCUGGGAAGGGGUUCCCCUGGAGCUCAGAGGAUCUACGGCCGCCUCCGCCGGGCUCCCCGCGGAGGCCGCCGCGCCCCCAGCGUGGACCUGCGGCGCUCCUAUCCCCCUCUGACUGCUCUGGAGAGAUGCAUCCCGGGAGGGUGGGCACGGUUUUGACGGGACGAAACGCCGGCAGCCUUUUGCAGAGAGGAUCUGCUUGCCCUGCAGUUUGAGGACGCAUGCGAAGGGGCGACUGAAGAUGGAUCCAGGUGUUUCCGUAGUCCUCGUGUCCCUGUGGGUGGGGUCGGCGGGUUCAGAUGAGCCCUCGGCGCCCCGGACCACCUGCUGCAGCAUGAGGAGCAGGGCUCUCGUCCUCAUCCUCCUCGUCCCUUCGCUGCUGCUCCUGUUGGGUCUCGGCUGCCGCGCCCUUCUGCUCCGCUGGGUGCUGGUUCACGACACGAUACUCAUCACACCCCCAGACCUGUUGGACCAGCGAGGUGGGAGGGGGUCGCUCACCCAGCGGGUCACGCUCGCCCCCACUGGGGGACCACUCACAGGGGACACCUGGAGCCCAGGGCAUAGCACUGCUCCUUCUGCGUCCCCCUUGAACUCCUCGCUAUGGCCUGCCGCCACUUUGACGGACCCUCACAGCAGAACCUUCGCCGCUUCCUCCUCGGUAGCGCCCCCCACCCUGCUGCCGCGCUCGCACCCUGGCAGCACCCCGCCUCUUGUCGUAACGACCACGCUGUCCCCCGGCUCGGGUCACACCAGGGGCUGCAACGAGACGGAGAAGACCUACUGCGUCAACGGCGGCGACUGUUACUUCAUACACGGUAUAAAUCAGCUGUCUUGCAAAUGUCGCCCUGGAUACUUCGGGCCACGGUGCUUGGAGAUAGAGCCCAUGCGGUCAUACAUGCCCAAACCCACCCAAAAGCAUCUUGGAAUUGAAUUUAUGGAGGCCGAGGAGCUCUACCAGAAGAGGGUCCUCACCAUCACCGGCAUCUGCGUAACCCUGCUGGUGGUGGGCAUCGUGUGUGUGGUCGCGUACUGCAAAACCAAGAAACAGAGAAAGAAAAUGCACAACCACUUGCGGCAAAACAUGUGCGCAGACCACCCAAACCGGAGCCUGGCCAACGGGCCCAACCAUCCCGGGCCGGGCCCAGAGGAGAUCCCCAUGGUGGAUUACAUAUCAAAGAACGUCCCGGCCACGGAGCGAGUGAUACGACACGCGGCUGAGACCUCCUUUCCCGGCAGCCGAGCGUCUUCCAGAACCCACCGCUCGUCGACCGCCACGCACUCCUCCAGCCACAGACACGAGGAGCGCACGUGGAGCCUGGACAGGACGGGGAGCGCGCUGUCCGACUCCCCGUCGGGCGCGGCCUCCUCCUCCGUGGGGACCAGUAAAUGCAACAGUCCCGCGUGCGUGGAGGCGUGGGCCCGGCGCGCGGCGCACUGUGGCGUUACUGAGCCCCAGCGCGCCCCCCCGCGCUACAGGGACUCCUUCGACUCGCUGGGGGACUCGCCGCACAGCGACAGGUACGUGUCGGCGCUGACCACGCCGGCCCGCCUCUCGCCCGUGGACUUCCAUUACUCACUGCCCCCACAGGUGCCUACCUUCCAGAUCACGUCACCCAACGCCAACCACGCCGUGUCCCUGCCGCCCGCCGCCCACGCCUCGUACCGCCUGGAGGACGACCAGCCGCUGCUCCGGCGCUACCAGGUGCCCCUGCAGGACGCCCAGCGGCACGGGCCUUACUGGCAGCAGCGGCGCACCUACCUGAACGACAGCACGGGCAGCCUGCCCUCCAGCCCCUACCGGCUGGCGGACGACGACGAGUACGAGACCACGCAGGAGUACCUGUCCUCCCGCGAGCAACCAAAGAGAAGCGGGUCCGGCGGCAGGCGCUGGCGCCGGUCCAGACUGAACGGACACGUCUCGCAGCGGCCCGAGGCGGCGCGGGACUUCAGCUCGCAGAGCUGCCUGUCGGACAGCGAGUCGGAGGAGGAGCAGGGCGAGAGCACGCCCUUCCUGAGCAUGCAGAACAUGAACGUGGAGCCCUCCACCAUCUACAGGCCGUCCGACACUCGGACCCAUGAGCCGUCCGGCCGGAAGAGCGCGCGGGGGAACGCGCAGAGCAGACUGACUCACACUCGGUCCAAACCGGACAAUGCACCCCUUUAAAAGCAACCUACCAACAAAACAAUAUACUAUAGAUCUGCACCUAUAAGAAAUAUUUUUAUUUUAUAUAACAGACAGAUAUUCUGAACAAAUGAAAUAUUUAUUUUCAUUUUAGCAAAAGUUGUCUACUAGCUAACUGCAAAGACUUUUUUAUAGGGAAAACUAUUUAUAUGUAAAUUUUGAUUUACAGCAUAAAGAACAAAAAAUACGUGCCAAUUUUUUUCUUAAAGGAAUAGAAUAAUAUUGUGGUGCCUUUUGCUGUAUGCUGAUGCCGGAGCUCCAUUCUGAGUUUUUUGUAGCCUUUCUUAUAUGGACUCCUAUUUUUUAUAGAAACGUUUCUUCUUUUCCUCUUUUUCGUUUCUUUCCUUUUUUUGGUUGUUAGAACUGUGAUUUUAUUGUUUCUUCAUGCAAUAUAAACCACCGUCGCAUAAGGUGUGUGUUUACAUGAAUACGAUCCGCAGACAUAUUUGUCUUUGUUUUUUCCGAACAGGAAACGCAACGGGGUCCGAUGUCUUUUACGAGGAAGGAACCACUGUGCUAAUUAUGAUGAAUCAAACCGAUUUGUUGUCCUUCUUGCUGUCGAUCGCAGAGAGUUGUUUCUGUGUCGAGGAGCGCGGGAGAGAGAGUGAUGGUCGUCAGACUCCUCCGAAACGCCAGGGCUUUUUUUUUCGAGGUGGAGGCACCGUCCUGCGGUUGUGCAUGUGUGCGUCUGUGUGCGUUUACCACGCGAUGGGGUAGGCGUGCCCUGUUGGACACUUCUCCCUAUUGGCUGGGAAGAGGCAGAGCGGGCUUGAGCUGAGCGCCUUGUCUCCACCCAUCCACACCGCAGGGCGCUGGAGGCCCCAUAAUCCUGUUUCAUAAACGGUCACGGGCCAAGCUGCUACUAGAGUGGGGAACGAAUCCAGCCUGGUCCUGGUCCUGGUCCUGGUCCUGGUCGUGGCCCAACUGGACCACCGCCUCCCCAAACCUCCAGGUGUCCCCACAACUGCAGCUCCAGGCCGCACAGUCUCUCAGGACUUCCUACAUCCCACCUGACCCAACCCAACCCAAGCAACCCAACCCACCCCAAACCAAUACCCAACCGAGUCCAACCCAACCCAAAAAAGACCCUACAUUCCCAGGCUGGCUCCACCCAUCUUAGGCGUUGCUACUGUCUGCAGAAACUUCACGAAAGGUCAAAAAUGCCAAAAUAUGCAAACUUUGUAUGUAGAUCUGUUUGAUGACAUCAUUUUCUAUGAAGUGCGAUGAAAGUUGUGGCUCAUUGUUUUAUUUUCCCUGUGCAAUGUCUGCUGUUAUGUUUGAAUAUGGGCUCGUUCAUUACCAUGGUAACCAGUUAAAUACAUAAACACUAUCAGACUCCUAUCAUUUAUUACUUUUAAUUAGUAUUAAUGCUGUUAUUAUUAUUGUUGUUGUUCAUUAAUAAUAUUAUUACAGAAAUAAUGUUACAGUUUUCCUAAGCUUAUUUAUUCAGAUUUUUAUUUAGCCUAUUAUUUUUGCCCUCCCUUGCCUUUUGUCACAGAAAGUAUAUUUUGUCAUGAUUCAAUGCAGAUGUUUCUUUGGACCAUUUCCAGCCUGACAGAAACGGUGCAGACAAUCACUGAGUCGUUUUGUUUUUUUUUUUCAUCACCGAUGAUCUAUGGUUUUGAAUGUUGAGCAGUUACCAAUUUAAAGGGAAAAAUGUACCAAGAAUUAACCCCAUUAAAAACAUCUGUCUUUCACUAAAUGAAAGGAAAAAUAUCGAAGAUAUGUUUCCUGUUUGGCCAAAUGAUGAGACGAGCAUAUUUUGGCAUCGUUUUCUUUUCAUACGGCUCAGGAUCUAAAAUAGCAGAAAAAAAAGUCACUCUGAUGAUUUCAAUCAGAUAUGACGACAACCUUCUUGAGUCACUCAGAAGAAUGAUUAGAAUAUCGUAGGAACAUUUACUGCUUUAUCAAAGGCACUGUAUGUUAGGAAUUUUCUUUUACUGUUAAACUGAAAAACUCCGUAUUUGUUUGGUUUUUUUUUUUACCUAAUUCUGUAAACAAGUCCUUAAAUAAUGCAAGCAAAGACAGUUGCUUCUCUAGUUAGGUUAAAUGUGAAAUUGCCCCCGAUCCUGUUAAACUUCUUAGAUUUUUGUCCAACGGGAGUUUUUUGUUUUCCACCCGAUUAUUUUACCUCCUCGCUUGAGCACGUCCCCUCUGCAUGCCCUUGUGGUCCAGGUACUGUAGAUGGGUGCAUGGUAUAGGCAGCAAAUGAAACGUUUUCCACCGGUGAAAGUGUAUUUCAUUUAACAUUCAGCAAUAAAAAAAUACCCUUUUUUCAUGUUCAUUCGGGAAACAUGAAAUUUUGCGAGUUUUUUCACAAGUAAUUGUAAAAAAAAAAAAACAACCCACCUGUUCAUAUAGAAAAAAAUAAAUCUUUACU